CCUAUAUAUAUCACUCACCCACUCUCUCUUCUGCUUCAUUUCCUCGAUCCUUCUCUUCUCUUCUCUUCUCCUCUCCUCUUUUUAUCUUUUUUACGUUUUCUUUAACACUCACCGAGACUCUCUCUCUCUCUCUGUCUCUCUGUUACUGAACCCUGCAAAAGCCUUUCUCUUCAUUUCCCGCCAAAAUCACAAACUUUACUGAACUGAUUGCCAGAUGCAGGUUACCAUCUUCCCACCUAAAAAUAAAUAGCUAUUUCUCCUUUUUCUUUCUGGGUUUUACUCUUCAUGUCAUGAUCGAAACAUCAUCCUUCGUCCGAUCUACUAUGUCCGUACAAUCUGAGACCGAGCAGGUAUAUACCAACACUAAAAGAAGACUCGUCCGAAUCAUCUUAACCGACCCUUAUGCUACUGAUUCCUCUAGCGAAGAAGAAGAAGAGAAAAGGCACGAAAACGAAAAGCCAGUAAAGGAAAAGAAAUUUGUGAAGAAAGUAAAGAGGCUGGUCACAGAAAUAAGCUACGAGUCAACGAGACCACCAGUCUCUAGUACUACUACUGCUACUAAACAAGAGCCUACUAAAACGACAACUUCAAGAUCGCCGGGAUCUGGACUCACUCGCCGGAAUAAGUUCCGUGGUGUCCGUCAAAGGCCUUGGGGCCGUUGGGCUGCUGAGAUUCGAGACCCGACCCGCCGGAAACGGGUUUGGCUUGGCACCUUUGAUACAGCUGAGGAAGCUGCUACCGUAUACGAUAGAGCUGCAGUGAAGCUAAAAGGUCCUAAUGCUGUGACCAACUUUCCUAACUCAGUUAUGACGGGAAACGUUGUAGAUCGUCAAAAGGACGGCGGUUCUGAAUCCUGUGACUCGCCGACGACCAGUAUUGUCACUUCGUCGCCUACGUCUGUCCUCCGAUAUGACGAAGAACUAACGCCGUUUGAUGGUUUCAGUUACGGCGACGUGGACGCUUUUGGAUUCGAUAUUGAAGGGUUAAAUCUAGAGGAUUUUAUGUUAACAGCGAAGAAUUUUGGCCGCGAAGAAUUCGUUGACCUUGACGAUUUCCUUGUCGACGUUAUAGCUUAAUUAGAGUACUAGUAUAAAAUGCAACCGCAUCAGUCUGAAGUCCUGUCUAGUAAUUUUGUGGGAUGUUUGGUGAGUGUUUGGUAAUUUGAACUUCCCAAUCAUGAUAUGGCGUCUUGUCAUUCGCUAUUAAGGGCGACAAAAAAAGAAGCAAAGGAAAUGGAAGUUGUUGCGGACUUCCGAAAGUGCCCUCGUUCUUACUACGGAGUGUAAUUAAAGGUUUAGUUAUAGGAAAUUAUACGGCGAUUAAAUUUGGUCACGUGUUAUAAGGAUUUUUGUAAUUAUAGCUAUGAAAUUGAAGAAUUAUUAUUACUUAAAUGUAAAUUUUUGUUUUGAGUGAUGCAAAUAAGUGAAUUUAUAAUUAUAAAA